AUGAUGCAAAAACUUUUGCAAGGUCAACAGGUUCAAGUAAAAGCACUGAACCAGGUUACAACCGAGAUAAACACUCGGAUGGACAACAUGUUCACGGAAUUGAAUUCCAAAUACGAUGCUAUAGCAAGCUACAUAAGGCAGAUGGACGUUCAGAUAACUCAAACUGCUGAAACAAUAAAAAGGCAGCAGGGAACACUUCCAGGAAAAACAGACAAGAAUCCCAAGGACCGUAACGCAGUAGAACUAAGAAAUGGAAGACAUCUAUCAGAUCCUAUCCCCAAGAAGCUCACUGCUCAAGAGAAGGGAAAACAGAAAGAAGGAGAACAACCUCCGUUUGAGGAUGUCUACGACGACGAACAUGAACUGGAAAAGCCAACAGUCGCAGAACGAGUAGCUCCCACGACGCAAGAUCAGCAUGUUACCACUCGCGUCUACACUCCAAAAGUUCCCUACACAGUCCUUGCUAAGAAAUCACGCAAAGAUUGCGAAGAGAUGAAGUGCAAGAAGAUGCUAGAAGAGUUGAAUGUUAAGUUAUCUAUCAUGGACGCUAUUCAGAUGAUCCCUUCAAUGCGCAGUCUUUUGAAAGGGCUGAUCUCCGGGAAGACCUCUGCAGACAGUGACAUCAUGAUGGUCUCGAAAGAAUGCAGCGCAGUCCUUCAAAACAGAACAGUCAGGAAAUUGGAAGAUCCUGGAAAAUUUGUCCUAUCGGUUUGGAUUGGGAAAACAGUCUUCGCUUGCUCUUUAUGCGACCUAGGUUCCAGUGUGAAUCUCAUGCCCUACUCAGUUGCAAAACGCAUGGGACUAACCAAUUUCAAACCAACCAGGAUUUCAUUGGUGUUCGCAGACAGAUCAGUCAAGUUGCCAGUAGGUGUUCUCGAAGACCUGCAAGUUCAAAUUGAUGACACCACUGUUCCAGCAGAUUUCGUGGUUCUGGAGCUCGAAGAUGAACCGAAAGACCCUCUCAUUCUGGGCCGACCUUUCCUAUGCACAGCUGGUGCAAUCAUUGAUGUCCGCAAUGGAAGGAUCGAUCUCCAACUGGGAGAUAUUGUGAUGAAUUUUGAGAUGGACGAGCUGCUCAAAUGUUGGAUGGUCAGAACUUCAUGA